UAUCAAUCUCAGUUGACAAGAGACACUUAUCACUUAUCAUUUCGUGAAAUUGACUUGUUAAUUUGACUUUGUAAAUUGGCAAAAAUGACUGUAAAAUCGCGGAUUAUCGUAUUCACCGCUGUCGUCUGCCUGACAUACGCAGCUGCUCAAAAUGAUGACUUACUGGCUGCGCUAACUGAGAAAAUAGAAACUUUAGAGAAACAAGCGCGAGACGAUCGACAUACGUUUCAGACCCAAUUAGCAAAACAAGCAGCUAGGAUUUCCCAGCUUGAACUGCAGCUUUCGGCAUAUCAAAAGAACUUCGACGAGGAACAAGUGCCCGUGGAAAGAAAGGAACCUAAGCAAUCAACACAGAAUGGUCAAUUGAAAAGUUCACUUUCACAUAAAGGUAUCAGGCGUCAAAUUGGUGGAGGUUAUGGGGUCGCCUUCACCGCCUACAUGUCCAAGCACGCUUCCGGGUUAGGACAUCAAGAUACCAUCCCUUUCGACAGUCUCAUUCUGAACGAAGGUCAAGGUUUCAAUACCAACAGUCACACAUUCACCUGUCCUGUGUCAGGAGUUUACACAUUCCAAACCGCUUUGUUAUCCCAGCUGCGGACUAUCGCUAUAACCGAAAUAGUGAAAGAGGGGGUUUCGCUAGUCCAGGCUCAUGCAGAGCCCGGAUCCACAGAUGGAUAUGACCAAGGCUUCAACUCAGUAGUCACCACUUGCAAUAAGGGUGAAAAUGUCUGGGUUCGAAACUAUAAACAUUUUGGAACUGCUGUUUACAGUGCCCGAUACACAACAUUCACUGGUUUCCUUCUGUGGGAAGUUGAAAAUGUUAACUCGGGUAUAGUUGGUUAAAUAUUAAUAGUGUACAGGCAGCUGUAAUACAAGAAAAUAAAGCAUGAUAAAAUA